AUGUUUCUUGUACUUAAUGAACUCAAGAAUGUAGGUGAAGACAGACUCGCAAACUUCAACGCUUUGAAAUCAAUUAUUACGGAUAAUGAGAUUAGAAUUAAUGAAAAGAAUCAACCCAGAAGAACAGCACAGAACGUUGCAAACUUCAUUUUCGUAACUAACAACGUCUACCCUGUCAAAAUUGAAGUUGGAGACAGAAGAUACGUAGUUUUAAGGGUUAAUGGUAAAUUCAAGGGUCAAUUUGAUUACUUCAAGAAUUUAAUGGAUUCAUGCACAAAGGAAUUUUAUGAUAACCUUUUAACAUAUUUUAUGCAAUAUGACCUUUCAUCAUUUAAUGUACGAAUCAUACCGAUGACUGAAGCCAAACAAGAUUUAAUCGAGUUAUCAACAAAUCCUUUAGAUGAAUGGAUAAAUACACAUUAUGAUGAAUUAUGUGCAGGUAUGACGUGUAAAAAUGCUCUAUUCUGCAAACCAUCAGACAUGAAAGACAAAAACUUUCAAAUGAGCAUUAAGGAUAAAUGUGAAAGGAAACAAAGAAAAAUAGAUGGUAAACAAACAUGGUAUUAUGUUUUGAAAGAAGAAAUGAAAGGAUUAUAUAAACAAAUUGAACCAAACGAUAAUGAGGAAUCAUUUACUGACGAUGAAAUACCUGUGAAUGAAGCUUUAUAA